CGUGGUAUGCCUGUGUGUGUCUAUCCAUCCUUGAGCAUCGCUGGCGGCGAGCCUGGCGCGUAAGGAGCACUUCCGUUCUGCCCGGUGUACAAGGGUUCGUUAGAAGCCGCGCCACAAGAGGAGAGACUUUAACCGGCGGAGCGCCGUCACCGAGCACCAUAAAAACAUGCCUUCGCGGGAGGUAGGAAACCUGGCGGUCGCCGCGGCGUUCGCCCUCUUCUCCGCCUUCCUCUUCUUCGCCCGCGACGAGGCCGGCGCUUGGCGAGAGAACUUCCUCAACCUUCCCAUCGGCGGAUCCACCGCCCCUAUCGCCUCCAACUCCGAUCCCUAUGUCCCGGCCGUGCACCUCGCCGGCGUAACCGGGGACGGCAACAGCAAAGGGCCUCCGGUAGCGUCGGAAUCAGAUGAUGCAGCGGCGGCAGCGGCAGCGGCGGCGGCAGCGGCGACAGAAUCAGCAGUGGCGGCGGCGGCGGCGGCGGCAGCUGAAGCAAAGGCGGCAAAGGCAGCGGAGGCAAAGGCAGCAGCGGCAGCGGAGGCGGCAGCAGCCGCAGCAAGGGCAACGGAACCAGCGAAGGCAAAGGCAGCAGGCCUCGCCAAGACGCCGCUGUCGCCGGACGUCCGGGACCCCGCGACGGGCUUGGUGUUGCCGAGAACAAAGCAGUUCGCGUCCUCGAAAACGGGGCUCGUCUGCCUCGGGGUGGGCGUGAGGGUCAAGUCGGUCGCCUUCGUGACUGUCAACGUCUACACGGUGGGGCUGUACGUCGAGCCGAAGGGUGCGCGAAAAGCGCUCAAGAGUUACGCCGGCAGGGACCCCGAAGAGCUGAGCAAGGACAAAUCGGUCUACCGCGUGCUGGGUGGAGCGGGCGACUUCUCCAAGUACCUGCACCUCGUGUUCGCGCGGAGCGUCGGAGCGCAGAAAGUUGUUGACGCGUUCACCGCCGUCAAGGGGGUGAACCAGGACGUUCUCGACAAGUUUUCGAGCCUGACGAUGGAGGGCGUCGGGAAGUCCAUCGACAGGGAGGAGUCGGUUACGCUGGGGUGGGAGGGCAAGGAUAGGCUGGUGGUCUUGGUCCGCGACAAGGAGAUCGGCAGCAUCAUCGACGAGGCCCUCCCUGCGUCGGUGUUCAGCCUUUUCUUGGGGUCCGACCCGGUCUCGCCGGUGGCGAAGACCGCGUUCGCGGAAGGCGUGCCCCCGUUCCUGGCAAGCUAAUUUUGUUUCGAGGGGGGGGGGG